AAGAACUGACUUCUUCCGCAUUGUAGCUAGGCUACCUGUGGUGAAGAGGGCUGCAGUCACAACAACAAACCAUAAGCUUGAGAAUGAAAGUCAUUCAGAUAUCGGUAUAAAAACAGUAAAAACAACCAGACCAGUCUCGGGAGUGUGUUUUACUAUAUGUUAAGUUUUUGCCGUGACUAGUGAAUCCUUUCCCGGCACAAUGAUUGUGAAGAAGGUGGAAAAGACAGUUCUGAGUGUGGAACAGUCGGAGGGAGUCGGCGCUCGUGUCCGCAGGAGCAUCGGUAGAAAAGAGCUAAGAAACCUGGAUCCUUUCCUGAUGUUGGAUGAGUUCAGAGUGAGCAAGCCAGCAGGUUUUCCAGACCAUCCUCACCGGGGAUUUGAGACAGUUACAUAUGUUUUAGAAGGCAUCACGGCCCAUGAAGACUUCUGUGGCCAUUCAGGACAACUGAAAGCUGGAGAUCUGCAAUGGAUGACUGCAGGACAGGGGGUGGUCCAUGCUGAGAUGCCUGUGUCAGAGGAGCCUGUGGUGGGCUUACAGCUGUGGGUGAACCUGCCGAGACAAGACAAGAUGGUGGAACCGGCGUACCAGGAGCUUAAAGGCUCAGAGAUCCCCAAACCCAGCCAGGGAGGAGUUACAGUCGCUGUGAUAUCUGGAGAAGCUUUAGGAGCAAAGUCUAAAGUCUACACAAGGACACCAACCUUGUACCUGGACUUCAGACUGCAGACAGGCGCCCUGCAUGUGCAGCCAGUCCCCUCAGGAUGGACUACAUUCAUCUACACACUCUCAGGAUCCAUUCAUGUUGGCCCAGAUGAGGAGCAGCAGAAGGUGGAGCCUCAUCACACUGUGGUGUUUGGAGAUGGAGACUGCGUCAAAGUUAAAAACGAGGGCUCUGAAGUUUCCCAUUUUGUGCUGAUCGCUGGAAAACCAAUCAAAGAGCCUGUGGUACAGCACGGUCCGUUUGUAAUGACCACAGAGGAAGAGAUUGGACAGGCUAUCAGGGACUACCAGACUGGCAGAAAUGGCUUUGAAAGGGCAAAAAACUGGAAAUCAAAAAUCAGCAACUCUUUCUGAACACUACACGUUGGUAGAAAUGUUAGCCUUACUUGUUUGCUGCUAUAGAAGCAUAUUUAAAGAUAUAUUUGUUUUGAUGUUUUGAAACGUGGGUAUUUUUCACCCACAAAAUGUUCUGUACUUGUUACUACUAACUACUUUCCAGCAUCUAUUUUAACUUGUUACAUGUCCAAGUGCCCCAUUGUUUGCCCAGUAGUAGUUAACCCCUUCUCCCUUGUAAAAUAUAGAUUUUAGGGGAAAAGUGUUUCUAACUGCUCUCCACUCCCCUUGUUAAAUUUAAACUUUAUUACAUUUUCCUUCUGCUGUUUGAAAUAACACAGUAGCAGAGCUGUUAGGAAA